CUCGGAUCUACGAACAGGCGCGGGAGCUCCGCGAGAUGGGGGCGGGCACCAGCCUCCACCACAACACCUGGCGGAUGCUGGAUGCGCUGGGGGUGUAUGAGAAUUUUGACGAGAGGGAUCUGUUUCGGCCUGCGGAUGGGCAUUUGGUGCAGCAUCGGUGAGUUUUCAUUUGAUCGGACUUUGAGGGUGCGGGGUUAGGUGAGGGUAAUAGCUGAUGCGGAAGGGUCGGAAUGGGAGGACGGGAGAGUUGUUGCUUUCCACUGGGCAGGAGGGAACCCUGCGCACGGUGCUGCAGAAGACGCUUCUGCGCAGUGUCGAUCGGUCACGACUGAGAUUGUCGAGUCGGUUGAUCGACGUCGUCGAGAUGUCUACCGGGGCACUGAGUCUGCGGUUUGAAGAUGGCCAUGAGGACGAGGCGGACCUUCUGGUCGGCGCGGACGGGAUUCGCUCGACCGUCCGCCGAUUCGCAUACCCGGACUACCGACUCAGGUACACGGGCACCACCGCCUAUCGGGCCCUCGCGGACGCGAGCGACAUUCUCAGCAUCCCCGGCUUCCCCGAUGCGAACACCUUCUGGCACGGUCCGCACAACCGGCUCUACACGUGCAAUCUCCGGAACAACGUGUACGAGAUCGCGGCGCGAGUGCGGCUCACGGAAGACGCUGCGCCGGUUAGCUGGGGGCAGGAUGCUUCGGUGGAGGACUUUGGCGAGCGGUUCAAGAACUUCUCUCCCAUGCUUCGAAAUGCGAUAGCCAAGAUCAAGGUGGUCAAAAAGUAUGCGCUCUUCAAUGGACCGCGGUUGCCCCGGGUGGUUUCGCAUGGGUCGAUCGCGUUGAUCGGGGACGCGUCACAUCCCUUAGCUGGUGAAUUCGGGACAGGAGCCGGCUGCGCCUUUGAGGACGCCUAUGUGCUCAGCCGUGCAAUACGGUGGGCGCACGACCGCGGGCAUCAUCCAAGUGAAGGACUGGACCUGUUCGAUCAGGUCCGAACGCCGCAUUAUCAUGCGAUGUACGAUAUUCUGGACGGAUUUGCUCGGUCGAGCGUGUCGCGCAAGACAAUCACCAGCUUCGACGAUGCUGCCAUUCAGAUUAUGGAAGACGAGUGGAGUGAUGGGAUCCGCUGGCUAUAUCAUUACCAGGUGGAAGACGUCUGGCACAAAGCCUGGAGGGCAGAAGAUGCUCGUCGCAGUGUGCUUUAUAGUGACGAUCGCAAAGACAAGGCGAACCGGGUUGAAAGUAACUCUCAUCUCUAAGCGAGUGAGCAGCCAUAUACUGUAUACCAUGACGUGUAAAGAAUGCACUGUAACAGGACAGUGCGCCAUGU